AUGAAGCUGAUGUAUAUAUUUUUGCUACUAAUCACGUGUGCCGAAUGUUACAAUUAUAUUUUUGUGGCGACCAACGUUGGACGGAGUCAUGUGGCUUACAUUGAGAGGAUCGCGAAUGUGCUUCAUGAGAGGAAACAUCGGAUUGUAAGUGUUUUUGUUUGUUCUUGAUGGUUUAGGCAACUCUUUAUGGACUUUAUCUACUGUGAUGUUGCGAAAGCCAAUUUUUUUAGGUUACUUUAAUUUUAAGGCAUAAAAACAAGUUUAAGAUUGAAUUUGUGCGGUUUGAGUCAGUUUCAUCAUGGAUAACAUAAAAUUUUGCAAAAAUUUAACGGUUUUUGAUAUUUUUUGUUUGUUACUGGUGUUGAAGCUAGUAUUUUUGACUUAUAAAGGUUAUUUAAAAGUAACAAGAUAAGUUAUAUGAAUUUUGAGGUACUGAUCUGUUUUGUUAUGGGUUACAUAUGAGUUUGAAGGUUUUUUGUGUUUGUGGCAGUUUAGAUUCUUAUUGUAAUGUUUAUAGAAGUUUAUUGAAGGAAUUUGGAUAAAAUAUGUUGAGGUUUAAAUAUUAGUUUGUAUUUUGAUUUGUUUUUAUGUGCAUAGAUUACUUUUGUUAUGGUCAAUAUAUUUUUUUGGUAAAAUUUGGUGGUUUUUUUUAAUGAUUUUGAACUGAACAUUGUUUAUAAAUUUAUGGUAGUUCUUGUUGCGAUUUAUAACUAUUUUUACGUGCCUAAAACUUUUAAUUUUUCUAAAAACUCAAUUUUUUGUCAAAUUUUUGUUGUUUUAGGACUUUGUUUUUGCCCCGACUAACAACUUUACCACCUUCACGUCCAGCGUUUUGAAUGUCACGAAAUUGGAAAUGCCAAGGCUUAAUGAGACUACGGAGUUGUUUCUGGGGUCUAAUCUGUACGACUUUGCUUUCACUAACCAAUCUUUGGCGGACAGGCAACUGGGCCCUAUUAUCAGCAUGUUCAUGACGUAUUGUGAAGGUGAGCAGUUGUUUAUAGGUUCAUAUAGGGUUGUUGAUGAUUCUUUUGGUUUGGCUUUAAGAUUUUUAUUUUUUUUUUUUUUUAAUAUUAGGAAUAUAAGUCUUUUAUUGAAAAAAUUUAAAUUUUUUUAAAAGUUGAAAGUUCAAUUUUUUUAUUAAAAUUUAGGUUUUCAGACCUUCUGGCCAAUAAAACCUUGAAGCGGAUGUUUGAAGAGAACAAGUAUGAUGGUCUUUUCGUGGAAAGCAUUGAUACAUGUGCAGUGGCACUCUCAGACAUCUACAAUGUGUCGUUGUUCAUCAUGUCAGCUAUGCCAUUCUCCGAAACUUUGGCUUAUUCUUUAGGAAUUCCUUAUAAUCCUAGUGUUUUACCACGUAAGUUAAGGUUUUGUUUCUCACAUUUUUUUGAAAAUUUUGGAGUUUCUCGAAAUUCAAAAGCUUAAAUUUCGAUUUUUUCUAUUCUCAUUUGAUACCUAAAUUAAUAUUAUUUCAGUCACCAGAUUAGCUCCACCAAACGGAAUCGAAAGCUUUUAUGACCGUUUAACGAACAUUUUCUUGUACCAUGUCGCAACGUUAUAUGUUCACUUUAAAUUUAAACGAUUUUACGGCGAUCACAUCCCAACAACGGACACACUCCAUCGUAGAGCUCCUUUGAUCCUAGUGAACAGUAAUGAAUAUGUUGAUUAUCCAAAAGUCUUCGGUGCGAAACAGGUCAAUGUGGGAGGUUUGGGACAUAAUCCACUGGAGAUCAAGCUGGAAAAGGUGGGGGUUUUUAAAAAGCUUAGGUUUUGCAUUGGAAAUGAGGAUUUUCAAUUUUUUGGAUUUUUUGCUAAACUUUUUUUUAAUUUUAAAUUAGUUUUUUAAUUUUAAAAAAUUUCAGAAAAUUGAAAAGAUCUUCAAUGCUUCCAAAAAAGGCGUCAUCUACUUUUCUUUUGGAACGGUGACAGACUACACCAAGAUGCCAAAGGAAGUGGCUGAUAACGUUGUCAAGACUGUUAAAUUGCUUCCUGAUUAUGAAUUUAUUUGGUCGUUUUCGGCUAAAAUCGACCACGAUGCACCGAAUCUUCAUACCUUUGCUUGGGUUGAUCAGAAUGCCAUUUUGAGUAAGCUUAGAGGUUUUUCUGGGUUUUUGGUGGUUUGGGAGUUAUGAUAUGUGGAUUCAUUAAUUCUUUUCGUUUUGGAAUUUUUGAAAAUUUUGCUUUUUUGGAUCCGUUAAUUCUUUCGUUUUUUAAAUUUUUUUUGAUUGCUGAAAGUCUUAUCUGGAAAUCUUGUAGCUUUUAAAUUUUUCUUCUCAUUACCUCAUAGUAACUUUCUAGAUCAUCCAAAAACCAAAGCCUUUAUCACUCAUUGCGGUCUGAACAGUCUAAAUGAAGCAGCAUUUGCUGGUGUGCCAAUGGUGUCGAUUCCAUUGUUUAGUGAUCAAACCCAUAACAAUUAUAUUGUGGUUCAAAAGGAGAUUGGCGUUUAUUUGGAUAAAUUUCACAUCUACGACAUUAUUCUGAAGGAUGCGUUGAAGAAGGUCUUGUACAAUGAAACGUAAGCUAUAAAAUUGAUUAUUGGGAAAGGAAGUACUCUACUUUGUUCUGUCUUACCCUACCUUACUUUACUUUAUUUGGAGGUGGGAGCUUUUUAAUUUAAAAAAAUGUUGAACGGGGGUCUUUUGAGAAAAUUUUAAACUUUUUAUUAUUUCAGAAUCCGCCAAAACUCGAAAGAUCUCAAAGACCUCUUAUCUGGCAUCAGCCCUAAGCAACGUAUCUACGAAGCAGUAGAACGUGCCACCAGGUUCCCAAAAAUCUACGAGAAACUCAAGUUGCCAGCGUCGGAAAUGUCUUGGUUCUUCUACUUUGCAGUGGACUUUUUCCUUAUCGUCUUUCUUAUUGCAGUCAUUGUUAUCACCGCACUUGGGUUGGCAUUAUAUUACACAUGUCCUUGUGGUUGCAAAAAGUUUAAGACUUGGUAUCAAAAUUGGCAAACAAGGGACGAUGAUGAUGGUGAUGACAAUGAUGACCAAAAUAAACCGAAACGCAAAAGCAAGAAGUUUUAUCAACCAAUGGAUAAAAAACGAAGGUAG